CAGAGACGGCAUAUAAGUGACAGUAACACGUACUUGGAAAACAUUUCGGAAUCGCCAAAUGAUAGGGCCUUAAAUUCCCGUUUUGAUUAAUCAGUAUUUAUAUUAACGACACCUGUAGAAAGUACUAGAAAGUUAAAUAAGAUGUCGGAUGCUAUAGCCAGUAAAGAAGAAGCUGCCAAGAUCUUUGAUAGGUUAAAAAAGGAUCCAGCUAACCAAGUAUGUUUUGAUUGUCCCAAUAGAAAUCCAACUUGGACAUCUAUCCCAUUUGGAAUCUUUUUAUGUUUAGAAUGUUCAGCAGUUCAUAGAAAUUUGGGAGUUCAUAUUUCAUUUGUCAAAUCUUCUAAUUUAGAUUCAUGGCAAAGAAUUCAAUUGAGAAAUUUUAAAUUUGGUGGGAAUCAACAAGCUAAGGAAUUUUUCCAAAAGAAUGGUGGUUCACAAUAUGUUAAUAAUAAAAAUAAUGUUGAUGCAACUGCUAAAUAUUCAUCUCCAGUUGCUAAUAAAUAUAAAGAAAAAUUAAAGCAAAGAGCUUUAAAAGAUGCUGAAAAGCAUCCUGAUGUGGUAACUUUAGAUGAUAUUACUGACAAUUUUUCAUUAAAUGAUUCUAAUGGUGAAUCAUCUACUGAUGAUUUCUUUUCAAAUUUUAGUAAACCAAUCAAUUCAACUCCUUCACCAUUAUCAUCCAGAAAUAUCACUCCAAACGCAUCAUCUGAUGAUUUAACAUUAAAGAAAAAGGCAGUAACAACUAGAACUUCAUCUUCAGUUGUUACUUCAUCAAGAUUAAAGAAUAAUGGUACUGCUGCCAAAAAGUCAAUUCUAUCCGGUAAAGGUAAUGGUCCAAGAACUACCAGGGCUAUCAGAAAAGUCAAUAAAGGUGAAAGUGAAGAUAUUGAUUUUGAUGAAAUUGAAAGAAAGGCUAAACAAGAAGCAGAAGAAGCUAAAAAAUUAGGUUAUAAUCCUAGUGCAGAAGAACCAAAAUCAACAACUUCUACUGUUCCAGCUGCUGGUCCAAGAAAAACAUCAUUAUCUUUAUCAUCAACUAAGAAGGAAACUAAUUCCGCUCCAUCUAUUCAAGAAACCACCGUUCAAUUUCAAAAAUUGGGAUUUGGUAUGGUUCAAGGUGAUAAUAAAGUAUCAAAUGGUCCAACUAAACAAUAUAAAGAAGUCAAAUAUACUGGAGAAGUAACCAAUAAAUUCGGUACUCAAAAGGGUAUUUCAUCAGACGAAUUCUUUGGUAGAGGUCCUAGAUUUGAUGAACAAGCUAAUAAUGAAGCUAAAGCAAAAUUACAAUCUUUCAAUGGAGCACAAUCUAUUUCUUCUUCAUCUUAUUUCGGUGAAGAUGAAUCUGCCAAUGGUGGUGCUGGUGGUAGUGGUACUCGUGGUAACAGAAGUACAUCUAUUUCUGGUCAAUUGGGUGAUAUUGAAGCAUCCGCUAGAGAAUUUGCUUCAAGAUUUUCUGGUAAUGCUAAUCAAGACUUGGAUGUCUUAAAGGAUGCUUUAGAAGAAGGUGCUAAUAAAUUAGGUUCAUAUUUAAGAGAUUUCUUAAGGUAGAAGAAUUCAUCCAAUCUGGUUGUUCUUUGAUAUUCAAUUAUUGGUUCAUAAUGUUUAUUGAA